CUGUCUCCAGGGCUGCAGCAGAAUGACGACAGAGUGAUAUUGUGCCCACAUUUCCCUGGUUUCCACCCGGCUGGUGUUGAGAUUCGCCCUCUUGCAAUGGAAAAUAGACGUCCAGACACAUGCUUAAUAACCGGGGGAUGUGGCUAUUUCGGUUACCGCCUGGCCACCUCGCUGCAUAAAAAGGGAGCCAGGAUCGUCCUGUUUGACACCGUCCCUCCAAGCCAACAGGUGCCAGAAGACAUCGUGUUCGUGCAGGGUGACAUACGUGACUAUGCACAGGUUGAGAAGGCCGUCGCCGGUGUAGACUGUGUGUUCCACAUCGCCUCCUACGGCAUGUCGGGUAGGGAGCAGCUGAACCGGCAUCUGAUAGAAGCGGUCAAUGUUCAAGGCACACAGAAUGUGCUGAAGGCUUGUGUUGAGCUCGGAGUGUCCAGGCUGGUUUACACCAGCACCUUCAACGUGGUGUUUGGAGGACAAGUCAUAGAGAACGGGGAUGAGAGCCUCCCUUAUCUACCUCUGCACCUUCACCCCGACCACUACUCCAGAACCAAGUCUCUGGCUGAGAUGGCAGUGCUUAAAGCCAACGGCACAGCGCUGGAGGACGGCUCUGGGGUGCUGAGGACCUGCGCCCUGCGUCCUGCAGGUAUCUAUGGACCUGGAGAACAGAGGCACCUGCCCCGGAUAGUGGGCUACAUAGAGAAGGGGAUCUUCAGGUUUGUUUAUGGUGAACCCAGCAGCCUGGUGGAGUUUGUCCAUGUGGACAACCUGGUGUCUGCACACGAGCUGGCUGCAGAGGCUCUGACCCCAGAGAAGCAGCACUGCUCAGCUGGUCAGGCCUACUUCAUCUCAGAUGGCAGGCCGGUCAACAACUUUGAAUUCUUCAGACCUCUGGUCGAGGGCCUGGGCUAUACUUUCCCCAAAUUGCGCCUUCCUAUCUCUCUUAUUUACUUUUUUGCCUUUGUCACAGAAAUGAUCCACCACGUCGUCGGCCCCUUCUAUAACUUCCAGCCUCUGCUCACACGUACAGAAGUGUAUAAAACCGGCGUGACGCAUUACUUCAGCAUGGCCAAAGCAAAGGCCGAGCUCGGUUACGAGCCCCAGGAGUACAACCUGGACGAGGCUGUGCAGUGGUUCAGAAGCAGAGGCCACGGCCGGAAAUGUCACAGCUCCUUCAUCGGUCGACUGCUGCUCGACGUCCUGUUUGCUUGUGCCUUCGUUGCUGUGGCGCUCUCUUUUCUUCCAGUCGUUGGAAGCUGAUGAGCAGCUACAGCAGAAAUAUCAUUCUGACAUUUCCCAAAACAUCCUACAGACUGUAUCAAGACUCGUUCAUUAUUGGGUUGUUUACACUUUGUAAUAUGUCAGGAUCCGUGUGCACAUUUUGUAUUAAAAUGGUCAUUACUGACUGGUGCUUUGGUCACAACAUAACAGCUGUUUACAGACAUAAACCAUGGAAGCAAAACGUUUCAGUAUUUCCAUGUUUAAUUGGGGGCAGUUCCUCCAGUAUAAAACUACCUAAAGGUGUGGGUUUUAAUCUGCAGUUAUUUUCACUUUUAAAGGUCUUAAAUGCUACCUCUGUUUUUCCACACUACGUUUAAAUAACCUGCAAUAAUAUAUGAAUCCAGUGUUUUGAUGCUGUUUUUUUGGAAUGUAAGAAAUGAAUAAAACUUGACAAGUCAA